AUAGAAUUGUUCUGCAACGUAUGCUGAAAAUUUUUUGCCAAGUAUAAAGUGAAAACGUCCUUGAUAUAAACGUCAUUUUUCGUGACAGAUCCCUGAGAUAUCAUGUCAUGUUGGGUCAAAUUUGUUAGGGACGUAUUAUUAACAGUUUUGUUUGGUUCAAAAUUUUUUGUGUCGAUAUUCAAAUUGUAACUACUUGUGAGAAAGAUUUUGAUGAUAGAUUUUCAGCAUACAUUUAGUUUCAAAGAUGAAACUCUAUAGGCAAAAACUGUUAUCAGAAGUACAGUUGAAAAAACUGGGAGAACAUGAGUAUUCUUGCCAAAGUCAUAGUUUGUUAGAUAAAAUUUUACAACCGUAUUGGAGUUGGCUAGUAUUAAAAGUACCCAUUUGGUUGGCUCCAAAUCUGAUUACUAUCGUAGGCCUUUGUAUUAAUAUUUUUACAUCUUUACUUUUAACAUGGUAUUCACCAGAUGCCAAAAUUGAAGCUCCCAGAUGGGCUUGUGCAUUGUGUGCUUUGGGGUUAUUUAUUUACCAAAGCUUGGAUGCGAUUGAUGGCAAACAAGCUAGGAGAACAAAUUCUUCAAAUCCACUUGGGGAACUUUUUGACCAUGGAUGUGACUCAAUAUCCACUGUUUUUGUAGCUCUUUCUGCAUGUACAGCUGUACAAUUAGGUUAUUAUCCAGGAUGGAUGUUCUUUCAGUGCUUUUGUGCAAUGACUCUAUUUUAUUGCGCUCAUUGGCAGACUUACGUCUCAGGCACAUUGCGGUUUGGAAAGAUAGAUGUCACUGAAGCACAAUGUACCAUAAUUGUUAUACUGAUGAUUUCUGCAGUAUUUGGCCCUAAUGUGUGGUCAACAAAAAUUUUUAGUGAUUCUUUUGAAAUGUGGUAUGCAAUUCCUAUAAGUACAAUAUCAGUUGGUACAGUGACAAUGUACCACCAUGUUAUAACUGUUUUUACUGGUGGAAUUGGCAAGAAUGGAUCCACAGUUGCUGUAUCACUUUUUGGAUUUGAAAUAUAUAUGGCCCACGUGAUGUGUAGUGCAUUCUAUUUAGGCUAUUUCCAAGUAUUUUUAUCUUUUAUCGAAAGUUUAAAAAUCGGAGGGAUUGGAAAAAAUGGAUCCACGAUCGCUUUACCGGCUCUGGAUUUGGAAAUGAGGUCAAUACCUUUGUGGUUGGCAUGCGUGGUUGCUCUUCGCCUAGUCCGAGCUGAUCUUUCAAUAAUUUUUACGGGAGGAAUAGGCAAAAAUGGAUCAACAAUAGCCGGAACCAGUGUAUUAUCACCAAUAAUACCAUUUUCCAUGGUGCUAGUUCCGGCUUUUAUAAUUUAUAAGAAAUCUACUCAAGAAAUUUAUCAAAAUCAUCCAGCUCUGUACAUCUUGGCAUUCGGAUUUGUUGCAGCCAAAGUCACUAAUCGACUUGUGGUGGCUCAUAUGACAAAAAGCGAGAUGGAUUAUACAGAUUGGGCUCUUAUGGGACCUGCAAUGCUGUUUCUGAAUCAGUACUUCAAUACUUUCAUAAACGAAUAUUAUGUACUAUGGUUAUGUCUAGUAUGGGUUUUGAUUGAUCUACUCAGAUAUUGCACUCAAAUUUGCCUUGAAAUAUGUGACUACCUUCACCUACAGUUAUUCAGGAUACCAUAUCCCGGUGGCCCUACGAGGACUUUUGUUUCUAGUAAGACAACUGCAAUAGAAAAAAAUGGGAGACCAGGAAAGCAAUACCCAUCUGAUGAAGAAGAUGUCUUGCUUCUGUUACCGGAUGGAGAAGUUUAAAUUUCUAAUUUUACUUAUUUAAAAGAUACAACAACCCUAUUUAUUAUGUUUGAACUAUAGUUAUAAAUUAUUUAUAAUAGUAAUAUGAUGUGCUGGUAUUUCUGAUGCAAUUAUGACUAGAUAUCUGCCAGUGAAGUUUUUCUUACUGUACAUAAAUAGUAUCUAACGCAUUUAUUAAAAAAAAGAAUUUACUGAAAAUAAUUAAUUAGUAUGGUAGAAAUUUGAGGAAGAUUUAUAGGUUAUUGAAUUGCCCAUAUAUUUUUCUAUAAAUUGAAUUAGAGAGAAAUGAACUGAAUAAUAAAGUAUUUUUACAUCGCAAUAAUAUAUUUCGGAAAAUUUUAUACUAAAUAAUGAGUACUAUCAUAUUAACAUUUUGACUUUUGGCUCGUUGUGUAAAAUAAGCGAACCAAUAUUAUGCUGUAUCUUUUAAAAUAGUAAUUAAUAUUAUGUUAAUGUUCGAAUGUUAGAUCUUUUUGUAAUAUUUGAGUAUUAAAACUCAAAUUUUAAUAUUUUGGUUAUGCCACUAAUAUGGAUGAUAAUGCAUUUUUUAUAAAUUAUUGUAAACAGGAAACACUAUUUAUUGAAUAAAUAUAA